GCCUCUCCAUUAUUCCACUGUCAGCAUUUUACACUAAGCCGAUUUCUAAGUCACCCCGCUUAGUGCCUCGGUGUAUUGAUUUUGUAUUGUUUACCAUCGCUAUUGGGCAUUUAAUAGAUUUUACGUGAAGACCUAGAUAUCAUACGAAUAUGCUUACUAUGAAUAGGAAUAGGGAUCUUUAAUUUAAUAUUGUAAAGGGAGCAAUUCAACAAUUUCGUUCCAUAUAAUCAAGAUGGCUGAAGUUCUAAGGUCUUCAUUUGGCCGCACUAUCAAAACGCCAAAGCAUUCGUCCUCUGGACGAGCAUUGGGACAAGGCACAGUGGACAUCAAGCCACCCGGAUUAGAGGAACAUUAUAGGACUAACCUAGAGAAGCUGCUCGGUAAAAUGGGAGCACAUGUUGAACAGAGUAUGAUUAUAAUGGCUAAAAUGGAAUACAAAGAACUAAUGGAACUGGAGAAGAAACUCAAGCAGUCAGAUCCAAAAACGUUCCAGAAAACGUCCGAAAAACGGCCCAUUGCAUCUAGUCAUGUAGAUCAAGUAUGGGGACCCAAGUUGUUUCAUAUCAUACAGAAAUCGAAGGAAACUGUAGUAAAGAAUCUAUCUGAUGACGCCUUGAAGGAACUGAACGCUUUACAACGAUCAGCAAAAGCAUAUACAGAAAAACUCCAGUUGCCCCCUGGCUCUCCAAGGGAAGCAAAAUUGAAACAAACUCUAAGUGGAUCCGUUCUCGUAAAACGCAGACCAUCAACUCCUACACCUCACCAUCACGGUUUACCGAAAGGAGGUCCGAUGAAAGUCAUUCAUACUGGACACGAAGUUACUAUAGCACUGAACAAGGAGAGGACUGCUGCCGCAAAUAAACAAGACUUCAGUACUAGCUUUAUCAAAGGAACCGGCAAUGACAGGUACUCAAGACCUCCAUCAUCACAAGCAUACAAAAGUCAAUACCGAUCUGGAUCCAUCUUCAUAUCGAAAGAGGAGUACGACCGUCUGCACAGAAAAGUCAAACAACAGGAAAUGCAAAUAGAUGAGCUGACGACGAGAUUAAGUAGUUUCGCCAGCAAGCAAUUACUAGCUGGGAACCCUAACAUGGCUGACUUAAGCGACAAGAACAGACCGACAAAAAUUGGAGAAAAGUUUGGAUGUUUGUACGACGAGGAAUGGUCUGAUGCAUACGACGCCUUCCAUACACAGCUCAAAUACACAGAGGACGAAUGUCUGCGGGUUCUUCUCAGAAUACUUAGGUAUGCCUACGACUUCUGCAAAAAGAAAUCAGAAGCUCAGCUUUCGGAUUUAGCGCAAUCAAUGGAGAGACAUAUUCUUAACCUGUCUCCAUCCCUCGGCACUUCAAUGACAAGCUCGACAAAUCUGAAGUUGUCUAUCGGUUCAGUUGAUUUACGACUGGAUGAAAGCCUAGGGAAAACAUUGAGAUCAGUGUGCAGCAGGCAUGCCAAAGAAUUCAGAAAGGCGGCAGGGAUCAAAACCGUUCCUGAGUUACAAGAGGUCUUCAGGGAACAAGUGUUGAGACAAAAACUUCAACUGGAGCCCCGCCAACUUCCUAAACCAAUCCUUGCUUAUGGUGACGUUUGUAUAGAGCUGACGUGGUUGAUGUGCAUUCAAGAUCCGCCUAUGGUCAUCACGUGGGCGACAGAAGGGGAGACAAUAAAUAGAGACUAUUACAAAUUAUACAAAACCAAGGGGAGCAUUGUGAAAAUAUCAGUCUGGCCUGUGUUGUUCUUGCAUAGUAGGGGGCCGAUUGUAAGCAAGGGAUACGUUUUCCCACACGAACGUAAAAUUUAACGCUUCGUCAUUUUACGAGAAACAAAAAAAACCUCAAGUAAAGUAGGGUUACAUAGUGCCUAGAUAAAAUGGACGAAUUUCACUCUCUACCAUGAAUAAUUGACUAAAGUUCUGUGUUUUCAUUGCGGUACUUUUAUAAUGACACCAAGUUAAGGAUCAUAGAUAUGGCUUGUGAGAUUUUAUUGAAAACGGCUAAGAUGUGUAUAAGAUAUUUGUAAGAAUUUCUUCUUCUUCAGUUUUUGAAAUUUACAUGAAAUGAUAUACAUGUACCUCGAGUCUCUUCAUAGCAGCAUAUUGACCGGGGCGUGUUAGCAUAUCGGCAUUUGAAUGGGGCGUGUUAGCACACCGGCAUAUUGAAUGGGGCGUGUUAGCAUACCGACAUAUUGAAUGGGGCAUGUUAGCACACCGGCAUAUUGAAUGGGGCGUGUUAGCGCUCCAUGAAAUAUAUGUAUGUCGAUCUGAAGAGGCUCGAGGCACAUAUAUAUCAUUUCAUAUUCUUUCAAAAAUUGAAAAGCAUUUCUUGAAUUUACAUUUUGAUUGCACUUUAUACGCGAGGUAGAGUAGGUCAAGUGUAUUCUUAAGAAGUAAUUAGUGUAUUUUAAUUCAAAAGUUGAAAAUUUGUGAAAUAUUAACCUUCAGUUUCAGUAAUAAUGUUAAGGGUAAACGGAGUGACUGUGAAUAUAUCAAUAUACAUAACCGGUGAUCUCAGUUUUGAAAUAUUGUUAAUACAUGAACUUACAACACUUGGAUAUGCUGUUUUAAUUCAUAUAGCAUGGGUCAUGAUGUAGUUCAAUAAGUUUUCACGUAAAAUCAAAACUUACCAAGUUUCCAUGCCUCCUUCCGCAAAUAAACCCAGUGUAAGAAAUGCUGAACACGCUUUAUAAAUUCUAUAAAAGAGCCGACACCUGUUCUCGUUUAGAUGUAGAAACAUAGAAUUAUAUACAUAUUGUAGUGAAUCAUCGAUAUGAUUUGUUGCACGCAAGAUUGUGCACUCGCACUUGUCAAAAAACACAGGGUAUUUGAUGUGUUUCUAUUGUUUUAGUGUUUGAGACCAAAGAUGUGCUAGAUGCCAAAAUUCUACAGGUACUUCCAAAAGUGACUAUGUUGUUUAUAAAAUGUUAUACGUCCGGUCAUUAUGUCAUGUGAUAUCUUAUUAUUGAUAUGUACAAGAGGUGUAGCACUAUCAGUAACACAUUCCAAAAAACCCACCCCAGUAUAAUACAAAUCUAGACCUUUGAAUGUUGCAUAAUAGGGAAAUACUGUCGGUGUGAAAUGGUGAUAUUCCACUAGACAAGGGACUGUAAUGACAGUACUGUACAUGGUAUUAAUCUAUCAAUUGUUUUGUUAUACAUGUAUAAUAUAUUUACUUGAGUUAACACUUUAUAUCUAAUGCCGUCCUAUUUGGGUGACUCUUUUUGGUCAACCUCACCCAUUUCACAAAUAAAAUUGCAUGUGUCUGCUGGAGCCUUCAAUUUCAUCCUAAAACUUGUUGUCAGAACAAUCUGUCGGAUUAGAGGAACAUUAGUGAUCAUUGACUUCUGAUGUUACUCGUUCGUACAGUUACAUAUACAUAUGUAUAUGCCACUUGCAUCUUGCCUCUUAUAUCAUGCCCUUUUUAACGAUAUUCUGAAAGUUUAUUACUAUUUUCGUGCUCCAUAUAAACUUGAUUUUAAUCAUUGAAUUGAACUCCUGAAUAAAUUUUUGAAAA